AAGAUAAUUAGCAUGAACAGGACUGAUGUUAUUACUGAGAUGCAUCCCUGCUAUAAAAUAGAUGUUUCUUACAUACUGACCAGAAAGCCUUCUGCACUGUGUGUACUGUUUCAUACUGUCCUCUGUUUAUUAACUGUUAUAACUGUGUGUGGAAAUCUCCUUGUAAUAAUUGCUGUGAUUUAUUUCAAACAGCUCCACACUCCCACUAACUCUCUCAUUGUCUCUCUGGCUGUGGCUGACCUGCUCGUUGGGUUUAUAGUGUUUCCUCUUACAAAGGAAUUCUCUAUAACUUCGUGUCUUUACUACGAUAAUUUAUUUUGUAAAGUACGAGGCAGCUUUGAUGUCUCACUGUGCACAGCUUCAAUUCUGAAUCUGUGUUGUAUUUCUAUUGACAGAUAUUAUGCAGUGUGUAAGCCUCUGACAUAUAAAGUUAAAAUAAAUGAUUAUAUUGUCAAUAUGAUGGUCCUGGUGAGCUGGGCUGUUUCUGCCCUAAUUGGAAUUAGUUUUUUAAUUGUUGGAAUGAAAAAAGGAAAAUGUACCAGCAACUGUUUAACUGAUGCUAUAGUACGAAACAUAAUGGGACUUAUUUUCUCAUUUUACCUCCCAGUGAUCAUAAUGUUGUGUAUCUAUCUGAAGAUUCUGCUUGUUGCUCAGAGACAAGCACGCAGCAUCCAGAACACAACAAAGUGCAGCACAGCUGUCAGUAAGAAGGAGAAGAAGGCCACCAAAACUCUGGCUAUUGUUAUGGGGCUUUUUCUGAUGUGUUGGUUGCCUUUCUUUCUGUGUACCACUGUGCGUGGUUUCCUGCAUGUUUUUAUGCCACUUCUUCUGAAUGAAUUUCUUAACUGGAUAGCUCUGUUAAAUUCAAUGCUAAAUCCAUUUAUUUAUGCUUUCUUUUACAGCUGGUUCCGAUCAGCUCUCAGAUUGAUCCUUUCUGGAAAAAUUUUUCAAGGUGACUUUACUAACUCAAAACUGCACUGA